AAAAGUGGAUUAAAGAUAACGCACUCAACUGCCUUCAUAAUGGACGACCGAGGUUUGGACAAUAAGGGAGAUCAAAAAGCUAAAAGUAUUAAAGGUUACUAAAAUAAAGUUUUGCGCUUUUUCGCACAGUAUCUUGCGUAUGAUAAUUAUGCUGUUGUUCUCAGGACUGUUGUCAGAGAAGCGAAGACGAUAAAUGCAAGUCCACACAUCACGUAGAAAUCCACGCGUGACCCGUGGGCUGAUUCCAGCUCCAAUCCAUUAUAGGGAUCAUUUCCCCGACGCAGCUUCCAGUGAGAACUAUGUGCAGCAGCGACGGAUUUCGUUGGUUAAGACCAGCAGACGUCAGCAUCUUUCAUUGCCUUAGUCUUACUUCCCGGUUUCUGGCGGUAAGAAGAAACAAGUGUAUCAACGGAGCCGCAUUAGGCUGCAUAAAAAAGAGCGCAUUCAUGAACAGCAUCUUUAUUAAAUUAAUUGUGAACACUAACGCUAAUCAGUACGAGCGUCAAGAUUUAAUGGCAUGUUUUAAUCAAACCCUAGCACAACAGCUGAUUUCUUAUUUUUGUUUCUGGUGAAUGAUCCGGGGUUUUAUAAAACGUCUAACGGUUGUAUUAGGAAUGGCAGGUAUAAUUCUGGUGCACCUGUUAUUAUGUCUCAUCAAUUCUUACCUCGGAUCUUACGCAUCUGAUCAUCAAGACGCAAGAAGAUCGUCCCAAGGCGAGAUGGUCGAGUCCUCCCCUGGCAAGAUCGCCUCCAGCACAUCCCGGGAUAUGGUUUCAGUGCACAUGUUUAAACUUUACGAUAAGUACAACAGGGAGCGCAACAGCCCCGGCGACGGAAACACUGUCCGAAGCUUUAAAGCAACUCCGGAAAUUGUGGAGGAGAGGGUGUUGUACCAGUUCAACCUAACGUCCAUCCAGGAAUCAGAGGUGGUGCUGUCUUCAACGUUCCACUUCUUCUUCAGCAAGCGCCUGAGGCAGAGAGCGUGGCCAUGCAAACGUUCCAGGGGCCCCUAUUGUGGCCCCCAGCACCUGCUGCCCCCUGUCCAGCUGCUGCUCUGGAGAGUCCUACAAGACGGCAGCCCUGGGGCCCUGCUGACAAACUUCACGCUGGUCCUGCAGCGGAGAGGGGCGUGGCAUGUUAAGGACAUCUCACAUGUCCUGAAAGGAGUCCGAAACACGAACGAGCGCUUCAUCAUGGCCGAGUUUGACCUCGGCGAACACUACCGAGCAUAUGGGGAGCUGGCAUCCUCCACCAACCUGCCGUACAUUCUGGUGUAUGCCAACGACCUCUCCAUUUCGGAGCCCAACAGUGUAGCCAAGACCCUCCAGAGAUACGACCCUUUCUUCACUGCCGGAGAGCCCACUGAGCCUCCUAACUCAUUUCCUGACGCUCGGGUCAAGAGGGACACCUACUUUCAGGACCCCAUCGACAAUAACGAGCUGCCAGAGGUUGAGUACGAGGCUCCGAUGAAACUCGACCUAUGGGAGGGAUCCUACUUGACGUUGAAGCCAAAGCCGACCAAGAAGACUGGCAAGAGAAAGAGCCAAGAGGAGAGCAAUGGACGCAGCCAGUCACUAGUGCUCAGCUUUGACGAGAAGACCAUGAAGAAGGCCCGGCGGAGGCAGUGGGAUGAGCCUCGUAGCUGCUUCCGACGCUAUCUGAAGGUGGACUUUGCCGACAUAGGCUGGAGCGAGUGGAUCCUGUCCCCGAAAUCGUUUGAUGCUUACUACUGCUCUGGGACCUGCCAGUUCCCUAUGUCUAAGGUGGUGCGGCCUUCCAACCACGCCACCAUCCAGAGCAUCGUCAAGGCGGUGGGCAUCACCUCUGGGAUCCCGGAGCCCUGCUGCGUGCCGGAUAAGAUGAACCCCCUGAGCGUGCUCUUCCUGGAUGAGGGCCACAACGUCGUUCUGAAGGUGGCUGUGGUCCAGGGCUGUCGCCCACCACCUGGCGCUUCCCGUCCCGCAUUUUACAGUCCUCUUUGGGGCAGACUGCUAACAGGUAACAGUGCUGGAAGGUAUGACAGUUAAAUGAGGACUCUGGUCUCUUCUUUCUGUGGGGUGACAGCUCUGCAGCCAACGAUGAGAGCACGCCACCUUCUGGUGGUGUCAAAUAGCCAGCCGUAUGACAUAUUCUUUACAGGUUGCAAAUUCACAGUCAUCUUGAAUAAUUUAAGUUGCAUAUUCUCAUGUUUAUUCUGCACUGUACAUACUAAAUACCCUUUUUGAUGGUAUUAUUUUGUAAAAAGUUAUAUACUAUUUCACUACUAAAAUUAUUCUCAAAAUUCCCUAAUUAUUUCAGCUUUUUGAACUUUUUUAAAAAAUAUUUUGUGCCACCUAAAAAAUGGCAUUCUGUGAAAAGCUAUUUUUCUAUGUAUUUUGAGUAUAUGUAUUUUAUUUUUUUUCU